AUGACCAGGAACUUACCUAGUACACAGUGGGGAACACUCUUCCUCCUUCAGACUAACCAAGCCGCGUCAUCUCUCUCCACACCCUUCCUCCUGCAGACUAACCAACCCGCGUCAUCUCCUCCCGCAGGAUACCACACCUACACGUGGAACGACACGGCACACACGGAGCGAGAGGAGGAGGAGAUCCUGUCGGUGACCUAUGACGACGGCCGCUGGAGUAAACCUUACUUCGACUGCGGUGGAGGAAAUAUCUGGAUGAUGACUUAUACUGUGCCGUUCUUCGGAUUCGCCAACGGAACUUAUUACUUCAAAGGGACGAGUGGAAUAGACAUAGACCUGCGGCGAGUGGAUAUAGACCAGUGCCCUCUUCCUCCAGGGUCUAAGGAUCUGAACAUCUUUGAGAGUUCGGAUAAGUGCAAAAACAGGACCACGAAGUGCGUGACGAUCAAAGGCCUGGGAUUCCGCCGCGGCAGCUACCAGUGCCAGUGCAAGGACGGUUUCUACUUCCCCGACACGGCUGCCUCCGUCAAGUACUUCAAUGGGUCGCUCAUUGAAGAGGAAUACGAGAAGAAGAUGCUGGGUCUGGCCUCCCGCUACGACCUCCCGGGGCAGUUCGAGUGCCUCCCCUGCGCCGAGGGAUGCGAGAGAUGCCAGGAUGACAGCCCCUGCGUCGUGUCACUCAACUGGAUGAUGAGGACGGGGAUUCUUACUCUCGCUAUCAUUAUCAUCUGCAGUCUCCCGGUCAUCGUGGUCUUCACGUGGAAGUAUGGCAAUAUUAAGGUGGUGCGAGCGGCCAGUCCCGCCUUGCUCAGGAUCAUUAUACUUGGCGCUUUCUUCAUCUACUCUACGACGUUGGUGCUGUAUCCCAUCCCUACUGUGAUCUCCUGUAGUCUCCGUGUGUGGCUCAGGGAGAUUGGCUUCUCGCUCUCCUACGGGGCACUUAUGCUUAAGACGUGGAGAAUCUCGGUGAUCUUCCGGGUACGUUCGGCCAAAGCGGUCAAGAUAACGGACCUCGACCUUAUGAAGAGACUGGGCAUCAUCGUUGGGGUCUUCGCUGUGUUCCUGGGCAUCCGGACGGUCGUGGCGCCUCCUCAGGUGAUCGUGUCCAUGACAGCUGACGACCUAAAAGCGUUCCUUUGUUCUACGGACUGGUGGGACCAUUCCUUCACUGCCAUUAUCAACUCUCAACUGUCGGCUGUCAACCAUCAACUGUCAACUGUCAACCGUCAACCGUCAACUGUCAACCGUCAACCUCUCAGGCUCUUCCUGCAAUCGCCAGCCAAUCCAGACUUGUUAUUCAUCAUCUUCUUCUGCCACACGCAGUUGACUAUCACUAUUCUCAUCGCGCUCAUCUUCGGUAGCAAGGCCUACCUGGUGCUAAAGGGACAGGGGAAGGACGAGGGCUCCUCCAUGACGAAGCCCAACGUGGCCAAGUUCCUGCAGCGACCCAACGCCGGGAACAGCCAGAACAUGCUCACCACCACGUCGUCCUCGGGGAACGUCGAGGGGGACAUGCUGGAGGAGUUCCGGAAGGUGUACAUGCAGCUGGAGGCGCUGAAGGAGCGCAACCUCCGCGCGGGCAACCGGGGCAUGGCGGCCAAGAUCAAGGCCAUGCAGGACGCGGCCAACACGGCCUCGUUCACGUCAGCCCCGUCGGCGCCGCCCGUCACCACCGUCGUCGUGUCGGAGAAGAAGGAGACGAACGCGGAGCGGGAGCAGCGGCGGGCGGAGAGCCGGAGGGAGAAGAAGUGCAACGACGGCAUCAUCAUGAAGCCCUACGUCAACAACAUCCUGGCCAACAUGACGGAUAAGAUCGUGUGCGCCACCUUCAAGGACGAGAUCCCGUCGCCGACCAAGGUGUCGCCCGUGAAGGAGGAGGAGGAGGACCGGAGAGCGGAAGGAGGAGGAGGAGGAGGAGGAGGUCCGCCGAAGAAGGACUGCAACGCGGCCGACGGGGGGCACUGCAACAACCACUCGUGCGCGGGCGGGGGCGAGGAGGACCUGGCGCAGCAGAGGUGGCGGGAGGACAUGGACGAGGAGGAGCUGUCUCGCACCAGUUACAGCGCCCCCCAUGACACCAGCGAGACCGCCUCUUGCCGCUGCCAAAGUGUCUCGCACGAGAACCUGUGUACCUGUGAAACCAAGUCCGAGGGGGACACCAAAAGUGACUCGGAGGCCAAGGACCUGAAGGCGAUGGGCUGCCGCAGUGCCGAGUUCCUCCUGGGGAAAAGUGUGUCGAGUGAGGCGACCGCAGACCUGUCCGAGAGAGUCUGUCGGAGUCUGGAGAACCUGGACGACACGAGCGCGCGAGGGGGACCCGUGGGGGAAUGCGACCUGAGCCUGGAGGACAGGUCAGUCAGGUCCGCCCACUCCACGCCGCGCCGCAAUCAAGGACGCUUUAGAGAAAUCCGUGACCCCGACAGAGCGAGGGCGUUCAUCCUGUACAGUUUAUCCGAUCGCGCGACACUCACGGAGGAGGUCACGGUGUGAGGGACGGAAGAGAAAUAUGAUUAAUCUCUAUUUUUAUCUGGCUUUAAAAUAUAGUAUUAUCAUGUAGUUUUAUCAUCACCAGAUACUCUAAGAAACGGCUAAUCAAAGGCAGUUUUAAGUUCUAGUUCGUUAGUUGAUACUUGCUAUCUGUUAAAAUAAAAAAGGACUAUAUGUACAAGGAAGUCUAGGUGUCCUGGAUGGCAAAGGGAGUAACAAAGACAAUUAGGAAAGAGCAAUGAUCUUUAUAUAGAAGAUGAAAACCGAGAAUUGAAGGACCACAAUAAAUCUCGACUUCAGUGUUUCAAAUUUCAAGUUGUUAAGUGUAUCAGAUGUGUGACUGUGUCGAUGUCGAGAGGAGGCGCUUCGGUGCCGUCCUUCGCUAUCAGACAUGGUAUGUAAAUAGAUGGUAAUGAAGUUUGUACAUAAAAAUCUGCUCGAGUGACCGAGGCUGUUAGCCAAGAACGGCGAUGGUGCUGAGGUUUCUCUCGCAAAUCUGGAUGUUAUUAUGAAAAAAAUACCCAUCAAUGUUUUCUCGACAGUGAGCCACGACGAAAGAGGUGCGGUAACACGUAGCGAAAGAGUGAGUGCGUGAAUGAGCGAACGAACGAGAGAAAGGAAGCGUGUGUUAGUAUAUAGUGUGUGAAAAAUAAUGUAGACAAUAUGGCUGCUCUCACUGCUAUACUGAGCCCCAUGCAGUGUGGACAACCAUGUUCUGUGUAAAUGCUCUUGUGGAUGUCUCUCGUAGGCUGUAAGUUCCAUCUCCUUUCAUACAAGCCAAAAGGUAGUAUUUAAUAUGCUAUAUCUGAUUAUUAUUUUCCUCCAGUGGCACUAAAAGUGCGCUGAAAAAAAUAUCAGACGCUUUAAGCUCCAGUUACCAUUGACCAAGUGUAAGAAUUUCGUAGACCCCGAGAUUCAAAACGCUCGAAGUUUUGGUUGAAACAUGUGUAGUUUUAUUUUCUGUCUCCCUGUCUAUUCUGCCGUGUAAGAUAUCCAAAGUUCAAUAUGAAACUGUUGUGAUACAUAAUUUCAAAUAAAGAUUAUUUUAUGAACA